AUGUUUAUUUUAUUUAUAAUUUCAGAAAUCACUUUUGGAUGUUAGAUUAAUGGUUAUGAAUCAGGUGUAUGUUCACAAAGAGUUUAAAUAUCUGAUGGAGUAGAAUUCUGUAAUAAUGAACUUGAUGAUUAUGUUUGUGUUCCUGAAAUUAGAGUAGUUUAAAACUAGAUAUUAGAAAUUAUGGCCAGACCAUACUAUUGAAAACAGAGACAAAGAAAUUCGAUUAGAUUUCGUGGCCUAUGUAAGAGACAGAUUAGUUUAAGAAAUUAAUGGAGAUGUAGAAAGCGUGUUAAUAAAAGACGAUACUUGUUAUAAAGCAUAUAAACAAUUCUUAUGUAAAUGGAAUUUCCCACCUUGUGAUGCAGCUACAAAUUUGACAAUUCCAAUUUGUCAGAGCUCCUGUACUUCUUAUUAUGAAAAUUGUGGAUUGAAUUUAACACCUUGUCUACAAUAUUUCUAGAAAUUAGUAUAAUUAAUCCAAUUAUUAUUAAGAAACCAGGUUUAGAUUAAAAUUGCUGA